UAUUUACAAGAUCCAACUUUGUCUGAGACUUCCAGCUUCAGUCUCGUGUUGGAAUUCAUGAGUGAAUCGAGUCAAUAUAGUCAUCUGACCAUUGGUUAUUUUCCAUUUGACAUGCUGUCAUGUCAAAGCACUUUACCACAUUGUCCUAGCUCUGUAGGGCUGUGAUUACGUAUACUACCACAGCCCUGUUUUGUUCCAUAAGCUUACCUUGAACACCUCUGUACUUCCCUUGCUGACUUCAGUAUACUACUGCUGGACACCAAAUAAUUUGUCUGUCCGUAGUCACAGUCGUCUCAGCUAUCAAUUCCAGAAAGAAGGUUUCCGCCACACAGCACAUUGGGGACUUUGCCAACAUUUUCAAGGCCUUCAUAGGAGCAAAUUAUCUGACAAUUCCAUUUAAUUUUCGACAGAGUGGCUUGGCGCUUGGUGCAGCCGGCUUGGUGCUUAUAGCUGUACUCACAGACCACUGCUGUAAUCUUAUUGUCAAGUGUAAAUAUGCGGCCAUUGAAAGAGUAAUGACUCUGUAUCGCUCUGAAGUGCAGAGAGAUGAGGGGUCUGUUGAUGAAGAUGAAAUGAAAGUCGUACACAACCGCCUCUUGAAGAAUCUCACAUACGGUGACAUCGGCAAACUCAGCUUUGGAAACCCAGGACUUGUUCUUGUCAACAUGUGUCUUUUGUUCACACAGUUUGGCUUCUGUGUGUCGUACUUUAUUUUUAUUGGAAACACUUUCUACACCCUUUUCCCUACACAUAAUGUGACACAGACAAAUUCCAGUAUUUAUAAUACAAGUGCUCUGCCAACUUUUCUAAACCCUGUUGAUCCACUGGAGGAAACAGGCUCUUUAACGAGACAAACCUAUGAGGAUGUUGAUGCGGAAUACUUCUAUUCCAGUAAUAUUGUUGGAAAUUCAAGUGCAUCGAAUUUGACUCAAGACUGGAGCUUUAUAUCUGUGAGCAGUGCACCGAGACUAGAGUACCUUAUUCUGGUGCCUCUUCCAUUCUUCGUCAUGUUUGCAAUAAUCCGGAAGAUUCGCCACCUGGGAGUGAUCAGUAUUCUUGCAGAUGUCUCAAUCUUCGUUGGAUGUGUUUGUGUGUUUGUCUACCUUUUAAUACGGUUUACAAUAAGUGAUACUUACAAACUGGUGAAGGCCUCCACAUUCCCUAUAUUUUUUGGAGGGGUGACAGGUGCCUUUGAAGGAAUAGGAACGAUCAUUCCAAUUGAAUCUAGUAUGGAGGGGAAUCGCCAUAACUUCCCAUUCUUCCUGCACGCAGCUGUCUUCCUACUCUCAUUCAUACUGAGUGUCUUUGGUAUAUUGGGGUACCUGAGGUUUGGGGAGUUUGCCGAGCAAAUGAUUAAUAGCAACAUUCGCCCCCUUGAGAGCCCCAUAUCCAGGAUUGUCAAUGUGACGCUGUGUUUAGGCAUCCUGCUGACAUUUCCACUCCAGAUGUACCCUGUUAUAGAAUUGGCAGAAGGAUAUACGUUUGCAGAAGGUCGUUGUUGUGGCCCCUCAUCGCACAGAGAUCAUUAUGAGAGAGAGUUGUCAAGGGAAGAUGACAAUGCUAUCAUGAAUGAGGAAGAUGAAGCUCUGCUGUCAACCGUGGACUCUGUCAGCAUGCCUGUAGCUGUGGAAAUCCCGGACUCUGUCCCGUCUUGGAAGAGGAAUAUAUUCCGUGUGUGUUUGGUGAUGCUAGCCUGUGGUGUCGCUAUUUUGUGUCGAAACUUCUACGCUUACUUUGCUGCCUUUAUUGGCGCAGUGGGUAGUACAAUGCUGGCAUACAUUCUCCCCUGUAUCUUUCACCUGAAGCUCGCAGGUUUUCGAUUGUCCAGGGGUAUCUGGGUGAAGAACAUGCUGAUUGUGCUGAUUGGCAUUUGUGGAGGGGUAAUGAGUGUGUACGCUGUUAUACGAGAUGUUAUCCUCACCUUUGAUAAGAGUUAAUUAACUGGAUUUUGUGAAAUCACAGGUAUUUAAAAUUUAAAAUCAGUUAAAAAUUGCCGUUUUGCAGUCUGUUGAUACCGUUCUUCAUUUUUGUCACGAAUCACUGUAAAAUGUAUGGCAACAUGUAAAGAUGACAACAGUCAACAAAGGCAGAAGGCUGUCUCUAUAUGUCCCUGGUUCUGCAAAAAAAAGGCGUAAACUUCAUCUAUCAUGCUUCCACACUGAACUUGCAGAUAAGUUGGAAAAUGGGUGGUAUUUCAUGAGCACACAUGGGUCAACUGAGUGGCCUUCAUAGUUAUAAAAUGGUGGACGAAAUUGAGUCGACUGUAGCAGUCAUUCACAAGCUGACUUGGCAUUGUUGUCUUCGUUUUACAUUGUUGUCUUUGUUUUACCUCAUAAAUUAUGGGGUAACUACUUGUUCAUUUAUGGGCUAGAAAAGGGUUAGGCUUUUGAAUUAAAAACUAUGGCAUUGACUCUGUGUUCAUUAACCAAUCAAAAUCAGUGGUUGAUACCUAUAAGUCAGUAAGUGCAACCAUAUGUAUAAACGGCUCAAUCAUUUAUUUAUUUUAUUUUGUUUAGUGGGAGAGUAAAGAGUGGUCAUGGAUAAAUCAGCUGUGUGUAUGUUACAUCAUUCACUGGUCAUGAAUAUUAUAAUCCAGAUGUUCAGCAUUGUCUAGUUUUAUCUGGAAAUACUAAAUUGACAUUACAUAUAUGUGUUACCAGGGUCGUAUACCGUAUUGAUCAUUUCAUAUUACAUAAAAAGAACGUAAUUAAAAACUAUAAAUUUCAUGUCAGGCUCCCUUACAUGGGAACAAACUGCUUGUCCAAGGGAAUAAAUGAAAGCCUAUAAUUUAUAAAAAAGGAUGAUGAUGUUGCUGGUAGAAAUCAAUUGUGAGAUGUUGUAUGCCAGGUAUCCCAGGGCAGCUUCUCCUAGCAUUGUUACAUUUCAUUCCAGUUUUCUCAUUAAUCGUAAAUAGCUGCAUUUGCAAUGAAAGUAACCCUGUAUGCUGCUAUCCCUCUUGUUAAGAAGCAGGUGUUUCACCAAUUGUGUUUGACAUGCGUUAUUUAGAAUCUUCGAAUUUAGUGAUCUUCCAGCACUGCUUCAUACGGGUCAGUGUGAUGUUUUUUCUUAUUUAAUGCUUUUUACUUACAUUAAAUGAUUUGAGGAGGUUUAUAUAAUAGAAACAAUAUUCCUGCUGUGAGUUUCUACAGACAGUUUUACCGUGUUUCAAUAAAGUGGAUGUGGUUUAAAAAAGUCAAAUAAUAGCCACAUCUUAUUGAAUGUAAAAUUAGACAACCAUAGCAGGAACAUUGUUUCUCAAGUAGAUUUGUCACUGUUUUGUUCUUAGCAGCGUUACGAUGUCUUCCAAAUUUUUGUCUGUUUUAUACCUAGGAAUAUGUGUUAAGUUUUUUUUUGCAGGUAAAUAGAUGGAAUACAGGUUAAUUAACUUUGCUCUGUCUGAUGAGAUGAAAUGAAUUGAUCAUGAAAUAAAUUAGGUAGUUAAAUAUUGUUCAAUAUUAUGUAAAUGAGUAAUUCCCUUUCAGCUAUUUUCUUCUUUUUCAAUGUAAUAUUUGAUAAAGUCGAAAAAAUUUACUUUUGUAUUCAACAGCUGAAGAAUUCUGGUGUUUAAAAGGACCUGUGUAAAAUUUUGCGAAGAUCUUAUUUAUACUUUAUUACAUGUAUUUCUACUUAAACAAUUCAAACAGCUGCAUUUUUGAGUGGAUUCUCUGUUUCUUUCAAGGUGUACAAUCGUGUACUUAUGUAUCUUUUGGUGUAUCGUAAUGUUUUUGUCCUUGACUUGAUGUAGUUCUUGGAAACCAUUUCUGGAGUUGUGGAAUUACAUAGUAUUGUCAGUGGCUGUUGUAUAGUCAUAAUGCAAUUUGGAAUUUUAUUAUUGGUAUUAAACUAAGGGAUUAUCCUGUCAGAUUGAGCAAUAUUUAAAACAGGUUCUUCUCAAGCCUCACAUUUCACUAGAUCACUGGGUGAGUUUAGAUUUACAAUAUGAUAUUUAUUACUUAAUGAGAUAGGCCUUUUGACUUCAAAUUCAACUUACCAAGGGAUGAGGGGGGGGGGGUUAUAUGUUAGACAACUGUUAUAGUAAUAAAUUCUUUGUGAAAAUAAUAUAAAUCUUGAAAACAAAAAACAAAUAAAAAAUGAACCAAAGGUCUUUGACCAACUUGAAGGUUAUAACAUUCGUUUUAUUCAUCAGUGAAUUUAUUCAGCAAGUAAAAUACUUGACGUUAAGCUGAAAUUGGAUGCAUAUUAUCUUAAGUAAAAUUAAAACAGAAUUUGUCUCACUGUGUGAUUAACCUUCACUCAAGUCAAUCCUCUCUGUCAUUAUGUAAUCGUUUACAUUGAACAUGUAAUAUCCAAGGAAAUGCGUUUGUAAAUUAUAGGAGUUAAAUAUGAGGGAUUCAGGGCAAUUUAUUACGUUCCUCUUGUAGAAGUAAUCUCAGAAUUUGUGCAUACAUCACCAAUCAAAACAUCUAAGGAGGGAAAUAUAUGGUAAUGUAUUGCGAAUUCAACAGAUUUGAUGCAUACAGAUUACCUAAACACGCUACUCCAGUCCAGUCUUUUAUUGAUGACUGUUAAUCGACCAGCUUGCACAGGUUUUCUGGUCUAUCACUUUGGCUGUACAAGUACAAAUAGCCCCAUACAUCAUUGAUCUCUGAAGCGAGAAAAAGCCAUGUGUAGAUGUACACGCCGCCAUCAGUUAUCAACAUAGACAUAUAUAAAAUAUAACCGUGCAUUUUCAUACAAAUUUAACUUCUUCUGGAUCAUGGUUAAAUUAUUUCUGUAGUGUUGUCUUGCAAAUAAAAUAUGUGAUUGGCUGGUGAAACUACUCGUUAGACUUCUGAGCCUGAUAAAACCACGGAGCUGUAAGUGCUCUUUCGUGCACUAUCCCGGCGUCGAAGAGGAUUUGUGGUAGAUCAUGCAACUGGAUUCUAAUGAUAACGGUUAAAGAUAACUGUAUAAAAGAUACAGUAUGAAUUCGUAAAUACACAACAACGAUACACCCGUAAUUGACGGGGACAAAAAGUUUGUGUAAAUCUUCGAUGUUUUUGUCACGGUAUCCUUUUAUUUCCCGAGCAAGACACACUACCUAUGAUGAACAUGUAGUUAGCUGAAUUAAGUCAUGAAAUAAGUUGUAAUUAUGUGGCUGUUAUACUAUACUUCGUGCUAGAUUUCAUUAUUCUCAGAGCAUAGCUGCAAGGUUGAUUUGAAUAACGAUGCAUGUAACUAAACAGAUGGUUUUGUUUUCUAGUUAAGUUGUUUAUAAUGUGUAUCUGUUUUUGUGAUUACUUGUACAUAUACUGAUAAGUAUAGCCAUGAUUUAUUUCAGAUUCAGUUUGUUCUGUUGGUAUAAAUUGCUUCAGAUAUGUAUCUAUAAUCAAUGAUGUAAUAAUUCCGUUUUCGGUGCUAUCGGUGUUUAAAUCUCAUAUUGACGGUGCCUAUAUUACAGGCUACCCGUGCUCACUAUAAAUACAUCAAUGUCGGCGCUGUUAAACUGAAGUAGUAAACAAUUCUUGUUUUAUUUUAUGGUAGGUGGGAAGAGGGUCAGGUUUUUCCAGAGCCAACGAUACACCGACACCAAAAUGAAUUUCACUUAUUUAAUUGCAUAGCCGUGGUUCAAAGAAUGGGUUAAUUUGCUAAGUCUUAUAUUUAGGGGAGUUAAGCAUUGAUGGUGUAUAUGCCAUUGGUAUUUUACAUAACACAUGCUGUGAGUCGUUUUUGAUUUACUGUCUUAGUAUUGAUAGGAAGGUAGUGAAAAUGAAAGGCACACACCCUUGAGUAUUGUAACCAUGGCUUUGUUUACCAUGACUUAACUAUGCCCAGUUGAACGUCCUGUUGUCUGAUAUAUAUUCGAAUGAGCCUGUAUGACUGUGAUAGGAAAAAUUUUUAUAACAUGUUGUGUAAUUGGUGCUUAAAGACAGAGUCGUGUUAAAAGUGUGAAAAACCUCCAUGGAUGGUUCCGUAAUAAACAUAAUUUGUCACAUGAAAACUCACUUUACUUGCGUACCAUUACAUAAAGCAUUAAUAUGUAUAUACUUGAACGAAUUGUUUGAGAUUUGAUACUGGCAUUGUUCAUGAUAUUGUAAUGAAAGUCUUAUUUCAUAAAUUAAACCAUUUUA